AUGGAGAGAGGAAAUGAAACAUCAGCGGAUGAAUUCAUUCUCCUGGGGCUUUUCCCUGAGUUCAGACACCGAACCUUUCUCAUCUCCGUUACCCUCCUGAUCUACAUCAUGGCCCUCGGGGGAAACGCGGUCCUGAUCCUCCUGAUCUGGGCGGACCUCAGGCUCCACACCCCCAUGUACUUCCUCCUCAGCCAGCUGUCCCUCAUGGACUUGGCCUACAUCUCCACCACCGUCCCCAAGAUGGCUGAGGACUUCUUCUCGGGGAAGAGGAACAUCUCGUUCGUCAGCUGCGGAGCCCAAAUCUUUUUCUUCUUCACCCUCGCGGGCACGGAGUGUCUCCUCCUGACGCUCAUGUCCUAUGACCGCUACGUGGCUGUCUGUCACCCGCUGCGUUACCCGGUCCUCAUGAACCACGGGGUCUGUCUGCAGAUGGCUGCUGGGACCUGGCUGGGGUGUGUGGUGAACUCCCUAGCCCACACUACCUACACCAUGGUUGUCCCCUUGUGCGGCCCCAGGGAGAUCCACCAUUUCUUCUGCGAGAUCUCGGCCGUCCUGAAGCUGUCCUGCGAGGACACCUCGGCCUACGAGUUAGCGGUGUUUUCCAUGGGAGUCGUGUUUCUGCUCGUCCCCUUUGGCCUCAUCCUAGUCUCCUACGCCCUCAUCUUCCUCUCCGUUCUGCGGAUGGACUCCCGGGAGGGCCGGAAGAAAGCUCUGGCCACCUGCUCCUCCCACCUCACCGUGGUGGCCCUCUACUUUGCUCCAAACAUUUUCAUCUACAUGACACCCGGCGACUCCCAUAGCCCCGAACAGGACCAGGCCGUGUCCGUUUUCUGCACCAUCCUCACCCCGCUGCUGAACCCCCUCAUCUACAGCCUUAGGAACAAAGAGGUGUUGGGAGCCCUGAGGAGGGUCCUAAUCAGGGGUCUUUUCUCCCAGUGGAACAGGAGGACAAAGGGCCUUCGUCUUCUGAACUCCCGUGAAUGGCUGCGCUGA